CGGCCAUGGCUCCGAAAGGUGGUAACAAGCAGCAGUCCGAGGAAGAUCUGCUCUUGCAGGAUUUCAGCCGCAACCUGUCGGCUAAAUCGUCAGCGCUUUUUUAUGGCAAUGCUUUCAUCGUGUCUGCAAUUCCUAUUUGGCUGUAUUGGAGGAUAUGGCACAUGGAUCUUGUGCAGUCGGCUGUGUUAUAUGCCGUAAUGACGCUGGUCAGCACUUACCUUGUGGCUUUUGCAUACAAGAAUGUUAAAUUUGUCCUCAAACACAAGGUGGCGCAGAAACGUGAAGAUGCCGUUUCUAGAGAAGUGACGCGAAAACUUUCAGAAGCAGAUAACCGGAAGAUGUCCCGAAAAGAGAAAGAUGAAAGGAUCCUUUGGAAGAAAAAUGAAGUUGCUGACUAUGAGGCAACCACAUUCUCCAUUUUCUACAACAAUACACUUUUCCUGGUUUUGGUGAUUGUUGCUUCUUUCUUUAUUCUGAAGAACUUCAACCCCACCGUAAACUACAUUUUAUCUUUAAGUGUUUCCUCUGGACUCAUCGCUCUGCUUUCUACAGGAUCAAAGUAAAUGGACACUGUGAUUUCAUAACGAAUGCAUAAAAAGGGUUGUUCUCUUUUUUUUUCUUUUUCUUUUUUUUUUUAAAAGCAAAUGUGUAAAAUAAACAUCUUUUUUUGGUUUGUA